UUAUAUUUCAAUGUUUAUUGUAGAGCAUAUGCUACAAAAGACGCCUGAGAAAAUAUUGUCUCCAUUGAGAAUGGUCCAGGAGAUUACUAAUUCCAUUUCAGAUACAUCUUGCAAUUGCCAAGAGCAAGUUAAAGCGAUUCCUGUGAUACAUGAGAUGAGAGAAGAUACAUUGACUCCGCACAUCAAAGACCUGGAUCAUAUACAGAAAGCAGCAGAUACCACCAGGGAAGAGAUCUUUGUGGUAAACAAGCAACCAGAACAAAUAUCUUCAGACAAAAGUGACACAGACGUUACCAACAAAGGCACAGAUUUUAAGAACUCACAACAAAUUAAAGAUGUGACAGAGAUUUCUUUGUCAGAUGAAGGUUCAAAAGAGUUAUUGACUAACGACAAAGAACAAAAGGAGUCUAUCGACCAAUCCAUGAAUACUGAGGAUGGGGAUCAGCACUUAACUAAAGAUGCGGAAACAAUUCCUGAGGCUCCUGCACCUCCUGAAGAAUUCAGCAAAGAAGACGUUACUGAUCAAACAAUCGAUAACGCUCCGGACUAUCGGCAGCAGCUGCAGAAUGGGGCAGAGAUUUAUUUGUCAGAUGAAGGUUCUAAAGAGUUAUUGGCUGAGGGCAAAGAAGUUAUGGAGUCCAUAGACCAAUCUGUGAAUGCAGAAGAAGGGGAUCAGCACCCAGUUAAAGCAAUGCCUGAGGCACCAGCAUCUGAAGAGUUUAUCAAAGAAGAUAAUACUGAUCAAACAAUCGAUAACGCUCAGGACUAUCAGCAGCAGCUAAAAAUUUUGCAGGAGACCAUAACAAGGCUGAUAGAAGACAAGAGAAAAGCAUUUCUUCAAAUAGACGAUCUAAACAACGAGAUAAGGAAGGUGGAGGCGGAGCUUGAAAAUGAGCGACAAGAAGGAAAAUCUCUGUUAAGAACAUUGGCUAAGAAUCAAAGAAUGUUCCAAAAAUUAAACAGAGUGUCUGUGAUGGUGUCUCAUGAAUACAAUGAUAUGGUGCAACAACUGGAACUGCAGGAGAACUUGCGGCAGGAGGCAGAGCAUUUAGCGCACACGAUGCUGAUAGAGAAGCAGGCUGCUAACAGGCAGAGCAUGCUGUUGAUGCAGAAUGUAGAACCCAGCGUCAUGUUGGUCCAUGCACUGGAGGAAGUCCGUAGACUCACCUGCGCCCUGGAUGAAACUAAACAGGAGCUACAGACAAAGGUUGUGAGUUUGGAAUCACAGUUGACCGAGAGACCUUCUCAAGAAGAAUUUGAUCUGAUUCGUGAAGAGCUAAAGGCUACCAGUAAAGAGAAACGAGCGCUACAUGACCAGCUGAAAGAAGCCAAGGAGACUUGCUCACUUCUAGAAGGAAAAAUUAAAGCUCUGGAAGAACAUAAGAAAAAGGAGGAAUCACUUUCGAGUGGGAAUGACGAGCUAGUAACAGAAGCUCCCAUUCCUCCACCGCCCCCUGUGCCACCUCCACCACGGCCAACCCUUCCUCACAACUGCUCGGAAAAUGCUCUUACAUUAAUCAGACAUAGACGUCGAUCGAAGGAAGCUGGACUUGCCACAUUAAAACCUGCAAAGAACGUUGAUGUCAAAGCUGAUGCGAUGAAGGAGAUGGUUGAGAGAAUUAAAAAUGGUGUUGUUCUAAGGCCAGCUCGGAAAGAAGGACAGAAGCACACACAAGCUAUCAACAAACGGAAGAGUGUGAUCAAUGAAUUUAAAGGAAUUUUUACGGAUACAGUGAGGAAACCCAACCAAAGGAAAAGCUUUCGAAGGGCCAGCAAAAAGGUUGCUGAGAACGAGCUUGAUGGCAUCCUCCGGCGCCGGCGUAAGAAGGUGGAUUGUGCAGAGACAGAUGGGUCUGCAGAGACUACAGACAAGCAAGAGAAGAAAGUAGAAGAAUGUGCACCUGGAAAUAACAUGCACGUAUCUGAUUUAAAGUCAACAUUGAAUCCAGGAUCUACGCAGAAAAAUCCAAUUGUGGUAAAAUUGAGGCAGAAAUCAUCCAGCCUCCAGAAAAGUAGGAGAACUCUAUUGGACUAUGAGUAAUACCUAACUGGUCCGAAACGCGUAAGGAGUUCUGCUGUAUGUUCUUUCCCCCCGUGCUGAUUAUUCAGGUGUCUACAAAUAAAUAUUUUCCUUUUAUCGUGGUUGACGCUGGUUUUCAACGUUUCUGUGUAUCAGUAUCUAGCUGAACUCUGGACCACGUGGAGCAGUAACAGCAG